AUGUCUAACACCACAGACGAUGGGAAAGGUGACAAUGAUCCCUGUCCUCUCCAGUACUUUGAUUUUAAAAUGGUGGACCACAAGGCGAUGUGUCCUUUCUUCACUUCUUUGCUGACUCGUUCAUCCGAACAAGGGAUCGCACCAGAGGAUCUCCACCUGCUUCAAAGCGACCUUGAAACUCUUCUUGCAGGCGCCAAUCGCCGAAUAAGACAGAUCGACUCCGAAAUGAAACUUUUGAUUGACUGGGUAGAGAAAAAAGACAAGAAAAGCGUCAGGCAAAGAGAGUUAGAGAUUCUCAAUUCGCUUUCUUCAUUUAAACGUAGCAGGUCAGCAGCAGAGGAGAAAGGAGCCAAACGCCAAAAAUUUGAAGAGUCUCGUAGCGCCAGCCCAGCACCGGUGGGAAGACCAAAAAGCAAACAUUCGGCUUCUUCUGAAGGAAGCCAGGAAGAGGAAACAUUCUCCCCUAGUGUGAAAGCAAAAAGCGAUGCCCCCAAUCGCUUUUGGACGGCAGUUGAGCCAUACUGUGCUGACAUCACCUUAGAGGACCAAAAGUUUCUUGAAGAGUCUUUAAAGGUUCCUGAUGACGAACAGGAAUAUUACAAGAUCCCACCUUUGGGAAGGCACUAUGCAGAAAAGUGGGCUCAGGAAGAUCUUCUUACCGAACAAGAGGAAGGGGCUAGGAUGCAGGACAAGAAACUACGUGGAACAUUAACUAACACCACAAGUGAAAACACUGGCAAAACAAGCGAAGAAAAAUCAACGUUAAAAAAAGGAGAUCCUGCUGCACUCCCAGAAGAGGAUCUGUGUCCAUUUGGGCCUCUUACGCAAAGACUGGUCUCUGCUUUAAUUGAAGAAAAUAUAAUAGCGCCUAUUUCUGAGCAGAGUUCCUCCGUAUCAGGAAACUCAGACAAUGUUACUACUACAAGGAGUGGUAACAACCCCCCUCGCACCCCUACAAAGGCACCCCAUGUACCUCAUACUCGUACUUUAGAGGCGCGCAUAAGGGAAGAAUUAGUGUUCCAGGGUUUGAUAGAUGCUGAUGAUCAGACUGAUGAGGAUAAUGAUGAUGAAGUUUUAUCUGAGCUAAAACGACAUCAAAAUGAGUUACGUGCUUUGAUUGCAAAGAACAGACAGCAAAAAAUGGAAUUAUUGAAACUAACUCAGGAGGAGAUGAAGAGACAGGAACUCAAGCACAGAGCACAAGUAGCCAAUGCAGAAGUCAUGGAAUGGUUCAGAAAAAUGAUGGCCUGUAAACAAAAACGAAAGUCACCUACCAAGAAAGAGAAGGAAGCUGCUUGGAAGGCACUAAGGGAAAGGGAAGCAAUACAAAGGGUUCUUGGAAACACAUAA